AUGAAAGCUGCAAAAGGCUGGGAAAAUAUUCAUGAAAAUCAAGGCAACCACACAACACCUGCGAUAAUGUGCAAAACUUCAUCAGUAACACAAAAAGCUUUUAACAGCACAUUAUUAACUUUUGCUGAAGGCACACAAAUGAAUGGAGAAGGAAAGUUUUCAUUAAAAGAUUCAAUAAGAAAUUCUUAA